AUGACAUUUGAGUCGGACUUCGCGCCCAAACUGGUCGAGCUCGCCAGAAACCGAAUACCACCUGCUCCGACUGUCACCAAUAAAGAUGGGGAAGAGUCUCUUCUAUUAAAGACCACUAUCAAGGCUGUUUCUGAGUUGCACAUUGGUUUGCUCACAGAAUGCCUUGAGCUGGUAGAUCUGAAUUUGUCUGAAUACUACACAUCAAUAGAAGGCCCGGACUGGAAGGUAGACAAAUUGCAGGAGAUGAAAGAGGAUGGCCUGGUGUACUGUAUGUUCCAUUCGUCCCUUACUGGCAAACCCGUGGCCUUUUUUUCAUUCAUGGUGACAAUUGAAGAAGGAGAGAACGUUGUGUAUUUAUUCGAGAUCCACGUCUCGCCGAAGUGGCAAAAUGCCAAGCUGGGGACAAGAUUACUCGAGUAUGUCUCAGAUAUAACCAGAUCACUCUCAUGUGGCUUUCCAGACAUAGCGGGAAUCAUGUUGACAGUGUUUCCAGAGAAUAGGGCACUCGGGUGGUACUUCAAAAAUGGGUUCACGUUUGCUUCGCAUUCGCCAAGAGAUAAAACCCUGAGAUUUGGAAAAGUUUUGAAACCAGAUUAUUAUCUGCUUUUUAAGAACGUUGAUCCACGAUGA